GGAAAUAGUCUGCGUGUCUAGUUCUGGGAAUUGGACAGUGACAGGUUGGCCUAUCCUGUUUUGUUCUUACUCUUUCUGUGUACCUCUUGUGUUCUUAUCUUUUCAAGGGUGUCAGCUGUCUGUCAAGUGAAAUGGAUGAAGAAAUCUUGACGACGCUAAAGAUUUUAAUAAUAGGGGAGAGCGGAGUCGGCAAGUCCAGCCUUUUGCUGAGGUUUACAGAUGACACUUUUGACCCAGAACUUGCUGCAACAAUAGGUGUUGAUUUUAAAGUAAAGACUAUAACAGUUGAUGGAAACAAAGCUAAACUUGCAAUAUGGGAUACUGCUGGGCAAGAACGGUUCAGAACAUUGACACCCAGCUAUUACAGAGGAGCACAAGGUGUCAUCUUAGUGUAUGAUGUGACAAAAAGAGACAGCUUUAUUAAACUUGACAACUGGUUAAAUGAGCUGGAGACUUACUGCACAAGAAAUGACCUUGUCAAAAUGCUUGUUGGUAACAAGAUUGAUAAGGAUAACCGUGAAGUAGAUCGAAAUGAAGGCCUGAAGUUUGCAAGAAAACAUUCCAUGUUAUUUAUUGAGGCAAGUGCAAAAACAUGCGAUGGCGUCCAGUGUGCAUUUGAAGAAUUGGUCGAAAAAAUUAUUCAGACACCUGGACUUUGGGAAAGUGAAUCACAGAACAAAGGAGUAAGAUUGUCAAAUCAAACAGCAGGAGGCAGCGGUGGAGCCUGUGGAGGAUACUGCUCUCUGUUAUGAAUUCUUCCUGCUACUCUGUUUUUGACCUGUUUACUCUUUUAGUGAAAAUAUCUCAUGCACACAACUUCAUGACCUGCUUCUUUAAAGUCAUGGCCGUUUGCACAGUUUCGUAUCUUUAACAAGUAUUGGUAGAGCAUGUCCACUUCAGUCACCUUGAAUAUGUAAAAUACAAGUGUCAUCUGCUGCCAGUGGAAGUCAUAGAGUUAUCCGGAAAUGAUUACUUUGGUUUAGAACAUAUUUUGAGGGACCAUGUUCCCAAAUUCAGACAUUUUCUUCUCUUCAGCUUAGCCUUGCUGUUCUUUCCAGCAGUAAAUUUGUUUCCUGGUUCUAGACCAAGUUGUUUGGCAGCUGGAGUGUGUUAUAAGAGCAGGAUAUGCAACUGUGUUUUGUGAAAGCCAGAUUAAAGAAACUGUGCAAGAUGACUGUUAGAAGAACAAGGAUUAUGCAUGGUGUCAAGACUUGGAAGGAUUAUGCAUGGUGUCAGAGUUGAUUUGUACAUCCUUGGACAACUGAAGGUGGUGUAUUUUAGCUGUUCAGGAAACAUUGUUAAACUAUUGCACACUUUGUAUUUUAUUUUUGCUUUCUGUCCAGUUUUGUAAAAACUCUGGUUCACUGCACAGUGAUUUAGUGUUUUAAUGACUGUAAAAGUACACUUGGACCUUAUACUUUGUCACAGUAGUAGACUAGAAUAUUUCCAUUUUUUUAAGUGCUGAAUUUAAUUUUGAACAUAAGAUAUACUGGAGUUUUGUCACAUGAUGGCCUUUGAAGUCUCAGUAGCACUGGUGUAUGGAAUUUCAGAAGAGGAUCACUGUGGCACCAUAAUGUUCUUACAUCUUUUAGAUUUAAGUUUUGAAUCAUAAACAUGUCUAUCAUUGGAUAUUUGUAGUGUGGCUUAAACAAUAACAUGUAAAUUAAUUAAGAGAGACCUGAAUUAUGAUCCAGAAAUCACACAGAGAAGUUGUAGUAGUAUUGUAGAGAUGGUCAACUGAUUUGAGUCUCCAAGUUGGAGAAAAUCCAUUGAAGCUUGUGUGUUUUUCUCUCCUGCAUAAUAAAGUUGUCUGUGACUCUCC